AUGUCGAUAGUAUCAUUAACAGGAAUUGAAGUAUUAAACAAUCCAGCAAAAUUCACCGAUCCUUAUGAAUUUCAAAUUACUUUUGAAUGUUUGGAACCAUUAAAAGAAGAUUUAGAAUGGAAAUUAACUUAUGUUGGAUCAUCAGAUUCAUUAGAUCAUGAUCAAGAAUUAGAUAGUAUAUUAGUUGGACCUGUCCCCGUAGGGAUAAAUUCAUUUUUAUUUAAAGCUGAUGCUCCAAGUCCAGAAUUAAUUCCUGCUAGUGAAUUAGUUAGUGUCACCGUGAUAAUAUUAAGUUGUUCUUAUAAUGAUAAAGAAUUUGUUCGAGUUGGAUAUUAUGUUAAUAAUGAAUAUGAUACAGAAGAAUUAAGAGAAAAUCCACCAGCAAAAGUAGCUAUUGAUCAUGUCGUAAGAAAUAUUUUGGCAGAAAAACCUAGAGUUACUCGAUUUAAUAUUGUUUGGGAUAAUGAAGAAGGUGCUGAUGAAUAUCCUCCUGAACAACCAGAAGAUGAGGAAGAAGAAGAAGAAGAGGAGGAGGAAGGAGAAGAGGAGGAAGAAGAUGAAGAUGAAGAAGACGAUGAUGACGAUGAAGACCUUAAUGGUGAUGCAGUGGUGGAUUUGGAAAAAGAAGAAAUACUGACACCUAGGGAUAACGAUGAAGAUAUUGAGAUAGAUAUAGCUAGUGAAAGUGAAGUAGAGGAAGGUGGUGUAGAGGAAGAAGCAAAAGUAAAUACUCCAAAAGACUAG